AUGGAUGAAAUAAAAAAUGAAAAUAAUUUAACAAAUGUUGGUAACAAUCCACAUGCUUUGCUCAUACCCAAGGAUGUAAGUAACCAGUUACAUUUUCAAAUUCCUGUAAAUGAUAUUGUUAAUGAAAAUGAUGGAUCUUUAAAAUGUGUGGUUGACUUCACCGUUGAUGUUGCAGGUGAAAUUUAUGAACUUAUAAGACGGCAGAAGAGGAUGGAUCGAUUUAAAGAAGAAGAAUUAGGAAAACGACAAUAA